CUCACAGCAUCUUAUUCCAAUUAAAAUCACCCCAAAUCUCACUGCUGAUUUUUACCUCUGUUUGUUUUAGCUCUGGACAGCCGCCGUCCUUUGCCUUGCUCCUGGCAAUGUUUUACUUCCACUGUCCCCCGCAGUUAGAGGGUUCUGCCCCCUUCGGAGGCCACUCCACGGGAGACUUUGACGAUGGCUUCUUACGCAGGAAACAACGCAGAAACAGAACCACGUUCACCCUGCAGCAGCUGGAGGCACUGGAAGCAGUUUUUGCUCAAACCCACUACCCCGAUGUGUUCACUAGAGAAGAGCUGGCCAUGAAAAUCAACCUCACAGAAGCCAGGGUGCAGGUAUGGUUCCAAAAUCGAAGGGCUAAAUGGAGGAAGACGGAACGAGGCGCAUCAGACCAGGAAGGCUCUAAAGAAACAAUGACUGAGGUGGCACCCCCAGUAAGGAACUUAAAUUCCCCCUCUCCAGUUGAUCAAACUAGGAACAAGAAGGAGAGCCUAGAGAUUCAGCAGAGCCUAAGCCGAUCAGUUGGCCCCACCGGGCCUUUCUUCCCCUCAUGUCUACCUGGGACUCUUCUCAACACAGCCACCUAUGCUCAAGCUUUAUCUCACGUCGCUUCUCUGAAAGGGAGCCCGCUGUGCUCUUGCUGCGUUCCAGACCCCAUGGGCCUCUCCUUCCUCCCCACCUAUGGCUGCCAAAGCAACCGCACAGCCAGCGUGGCAGCACUGCGCAUGAAAGCGCGGGAACACUCAGAGGCCGUGCUGCAGUCCGCCAACCUCCUGCCAUCCACCAGCAGCAGCCCCACCCCCCCGGCCAAACCUGGCCUGGAGAACAGCCAGGAUAACAGGUCGUCUCCGGCCAAGGAACAGAUGGAUGGGGAGAAGAGUGUAUGAGGAUGGAUGAUCCCCACCCACCAGCUCCUUGCAACGAACCCUUGGCCUCAACCUCGGGAAAUGCCAUGUAAUGGACUGUGACGUGGGCCCCUCCAGACCAGAUGCCAUGAGGCCACCAUGGAUCCUGAGGAUCCAGAGCAAAUACGAGAGAACUCCGGCUGCACGUCACACAUCCCUGCUUUCCUGAUGCCGCUGUAGAUUUAUUCCUUUGAUUUACUGGCACCUUCUGGGUUUGGAACCGUCCGUGAUACCAUCUUUA